AUGCGUCUCUCUUUAGCUACCGUUCUUUCCCUGGCUACAAGCUCGCUUGCCAUAGCAUCUGUGCCCAGAGACCUCACCACCUCGUUGACGAACCCUGUGGGCGAGCCCGCAGGCGGUGGCGGUGGUGAUGUAAAGCCUGAAGGCGGCAACGCUGACGCGGGUACCAACCAGGAUUGUAGUGGUGAUGCAAGGACUCAAGGCAGUUUGAAAGAAUGUAAGGAGUUCCGCAUCAAGUCCAAGGGCUCCGCCGGUGGCUGGGUUGGUCAGCUGGACAGCGGGCAGCUCAGGAUCGGGCUCAAGGCUGUGAACUUCUCCAUGGAGUCCGGGCAGAUCAGCGACGACAAAAAACGCGGCAUGUGGUGGACACCCCCUACCGACACACUUCAGUGUGACGUGGGCCAGAAGCCCGACAAGGGUUGGUCAGUCAGCUGUGACGGCAGGAUGUAUUUCCAGGACAUGGCAAAGUACUACCAGUGCGAGGCCGAUAACAUGACUUACAACCUCUACAAGAAAAACAACCAGGCUGGGAAGUGCGGUGAGGUCAGGCUGUACAUAGUUGGAUGCGGUCGUGGUGAAGAUGGUGAUAAGGGAGGAGAUGGUGACAAAGGCGGCGGCACAGGAGGCGGCACCGAAGGCGGCAAACCUUCUCCUCCUUCGAAUGGAACUCAGACCCCUUCGAACGGAACCAAGACCCCUCCGAAUUUCUUCGCUUUGAAGCCGAAAAGGUUGAUGGUGUGA